AUCACUGUCGUCCUACACUGCAUCCCUUUCCUCUUGCCCCGCCUACUACUGCCACUCCCUUAGUCUACGCCCGCCAUGUCAAACGCCUUGCCGGACGAGGUCAUCACCUGUCUCCAAAAUGCUCGCUUUGUGAGUGCUUCCCAGCCACAUCCGUCUUUGUCUCCACCUCGUCAAAUUAGUCUCUUUAAACUAGUCUCUUCAAACUCAUGUGCAUCUAUAUAAUCCUCGAUAUAUCAUAUCCCCUGAUAUCCUCUCAAGUUCUUUCGACCUUAUCACCCCUGCAUUCCCGUCCCAACUGGCAAAACACGUGUUUGCAGUCACUUCAUAAAUACAUGGCUACAAUAUCUGCCAUCUUACUUUGUUCGUUCUAAUGCACCAGCAGCUUCAUCUCGCAACGUGCUCGGAUAAUAUUCCCCAUGUCUCUCUGAUGAACUACACCUACCUACCCAGCACGCCUUACUGCUCAAGUCCCAUUAUCAUCAUGACAACCCCCUCAUCAUCUCGCAAGACACAAAAUUUAGAGUCCAAUUCCCUCGUUUCUCUCCUAGUGCACGAUUGGGUGUCACACCGUCCGCCCACUCUCAGCCAGCCAGGACGUUCGCCAUCGCCAUCGCAUCCAGCACCCCGAUCUGGCUCACUUGCCGAGCUUCUCCUCGGAAUGAACACUGCUUCAUUGAGCCGAAUCAGUACUACCAUUAACGGUGUUGCUGAGCUUGUACCCUCGGGGACCGAAGAGGAGACUUGGUACAGGGCCCAGCACGUAGCGAACAAUACCUUUAGUCCCGGUGGAGAAGAUACUUACUCAAGCUCCCCAGUUGGACAAGGUUUGUGGGGAGGUGGCGGAUUAGGUGCUGGGAUUGGAGGUGAUGAAACUCCGAGGGAGGGCGAUGGCGGCACCAAAUGUUAUGUCGAAGGAGCAGAAGUCAGAGUUGUAAUUGUCAAAGUUCGUGGUGGGAGGAUCGCAGACUGGAAAGGUCAGGUGAGGGAUUGGGCUGUUGCUAUUCAUAUCGACAGCCAGGAAGCGACUGGCACCCGAUCGAAUUAGAUGAGACGCUAAUUCAAAUCCCACGUGCAAGCGCUUUGCAUUAAAGGUAUGAUUAUUUAUCUUUUACCUGCCCUCGAGAAUUCAAGUUUCAUUAGUAGGUGUAAACAUUCAUAAUAGCAAUGUGGGUUCCACUUGUGGCUGCAG